AGGAGCACAGGGCCGGCUGAUCGCUGACAGCGUAGGAUAAGGAGCAGCUUUUCCUUCCUGCACGUAAGGCAGAGGAGGAGGGAGAGGAGCACAGGGCCGGACGAUCGCUCAGCAUUUAGGACUCAGGAGCAGCUUUUGCUUGGUGCAGACUGUCACAGAGGUUUUCCCGAUCCUCUUCAAUCUGAGACCCGCCUCCUGCCUGUCAUUUUCCUCUGUCAGGGAAGAACAAGUGAUCGCCAGCACAGCAGAACAGGCAAUGAGCUGCAGACACACUCAUUUGAAAUUCCCACCCACUGUUGCACUGUCUUGCACUCCUUUGCACUGGGCUCUGGUAAAACUGUGUAAGACUAAUAGUUUGUGGCUGGCUGCUUUCCAGAUUCCCCCUCUGCCCUCAACUCCCCCCCCCCCACUCACACACACACCUAAACUGUGUGCAGGGAGAAUAGUGGUUGAUAUUGUCUCUAAGAAUGGGAAUGCGAAGUGUGAACAGCUAAUGAUGGAGGUUCACUGUGGGGGAUUACUGUUCAGCUCUAAGUUUGACUCUGGAAAUUUAGCUAGGGUAGAAAAGGUCGAGAGACCAGUGGUAGAAGGCGAUGCAUUUAACGUCAAUGGAGGCAGUGUGCCCACCCCAGACUAUGAGUUCAACAUAUGGACCAAGCCUGAUUGCGCAGAGACAGAGUAUGAGAAUGGGAACAGAUCCUGGUUCUAUUUUAGUGUGCGAUAUGGGGCCCCAGGAAAACUGAUCAAAAUCAACAUCAUGAAUAUGAACAAGCAGGGCAAGCUCUACUCCCAGGGCAUGGCUCCGUUUGUGCGCACAGUACCCAUCAGGUCUCGGUGGGAGCGUAUCCGAGACCGCCCCACAUUUGAGAUGGUGGAAAACCAGUUUAUUUUGUCUUUCGUUCAUCGGUUCCUGGACUGUCGAGGAUCCACAACAUACUUUGCAUUCUGCUUUCCCUUUUCAUACGAGGAGAGUCAGGAGCUGAUGGCAGGGUUGGAUGACCGAUUCAGCGAUUGCAAGCAUAUUACUCUGGGCAGCUUUCCUGACUCUAUAUACUACCACCGCGAAUUGCUGUGCCACUCUCUGGAUGGUCUUCGUCUUGACCUUCUCACCAUAAGUUCGUGCCAUGGGAUGACUGAGGAACGCGAGCCAAGGCUGGAUAAACUUUUCCCAGAUCAAUCCACCCCUCGCCCAUACCGCUUUACAGGAAAGAGAGUCUAUUUCCUCAGCAGCCGUGUUCAUCCUGGAGAAACCCCAUCCAGUUUUGUAUUUAAUGGUUUCCUGGAAUUCAUCUUGCGACAAGAUGACCCAAGAGCCCAAAUGCUAAGACGAAUGUUUGUUUUCAAGCUAAUCCCCAUGCUUAACCCUGAUGGUGUGGUUAGGGGUCAUUACAGAACAGAUUCUAGAGGGGUCAACCUCAACCGUCAGUACCUUAAUCCAGAUUUUGAACUCCAUCCUUCAGUUUAUGCUGCCAAAUCAGUACUUUUCUACCAUCAUGUAUAUAACAGUAUAGGUCCAAAUGACCCUGACUGGAGGACCUCAUUGUCUUUACAGCCAUCUAACAUCUCUCUUUGCCCAAAGACUUCUAAUCAUUCCCUAAAAGAUUUGCCCUUGGAUGACUCUUUGUCAGACCUAGAGAAAGCAAACAAUCUGCUGAAUAGUAUGGAGAGGGAGGAAUGUUAUAUCGCUUGUCCUCAGACUGUGACACAGGCACAGGGGACACCUGCUGAAAGUGACCAAAACUUUCCCUCAGACUCAAGAGAUUGUACGACACAAAGGGACAUGUUAAUCUUGGAGUCAGACACAGAGGCCAAAGAUAUACAUUCAUACAUCCCAUGUGGCAGUUCUCAACCUACAGUUUUCUCAAAGAUCAUCCCUCCACAGGAGAGUGGCAUUGCUUUCUAUGUGGAUUUGCAUGGCCAUGCUUCCAAGAGAGGCUGCUUUAUGUAUGGGAAUUUUUUUACAGAGGAGAAUGAUCAGGUACAAAACAUGCUUUACCCAAAGUUGAUCUCUCUUAACUCUGCAAACUUUGAUUUUAUGGGAUGCAAUUUUUCUGAGAGAAAUAUGUAUGCCAAGGACAAACAAGAUGGGCAGUCCAAAGAAGGUAGUGGUCGGGUGGCUAUUCAUAAGGCAACCGGAAUAAUUCACAGUUACACAUUGGAGUGCAACUAUAACACAGGCCGGUGUGUCAACUCUAUCCCUGCAGCGUGCCAUGACUGUGGCCGGGCAAGCCCCCCUCCACCCCCUGCCUUUCCCCCAAAGUACACCACGCAGGUAUUUGAACAGAUUGGAAGAGCUGUGGCCAUUGCAGCCCUUGAUAUGGCAGAAUGCAACCCCUGGCCCAGACUAAUAAUGUCCGAGUACAACAACCUAACAAACCUUCGAGCCUGGAUGCUGAAACACCUGCGCAACACUAAAGGGGUCGUCCCUGGGACAUUGAAAAAAAAGAGCACAAAAUCACCAGUCAAGGCUUCCAAUCUGGCAUUGUGGUCUUUAUCAGAGAACAGUCUAAUGAGAACCAGGAGUUACAGUAACAGCACAGCUAGUACCAACAGCCAACAGAACUCCCCACAGACCAAAUCCUCCAUCAACUUCACAUUCCUCUGCAGCAACUCCAGCCAUAGUCCUCCCAAAGUCAACCAGAGGGUGCUGGGCCCAGUAAGAGAAACAAAAGCUCAAGAAAAAAGACGCCAGCACCAGCAGUCAUUGCUACGUUCCACAGUGCAUAGUCCUACUGGAUGUCAGCAACGCUUGAGCACCCAAGCACCUUCCCUGAGCUCUGGAUAUCCUAGAACUCCAUCACAUGCAAAGACAUCUUGCCCUUUAUCAUUGUCACUCAGCAUGUCCGGGAGUGGCUUCAGUGGUCUUUCCCCAGCUGCCAAGGAGAAGAAUGGAACUCCAACCAAGAAAAAUGUCCGGGAAGGAGAAUCCACCAGGCAGCAUUUUCAUCAAAGUCAUGGUUUUGCUUUACUGCAGAACGUACAUAAAAGAGGUGGUAGCCAUAACAACACAGAGUACUCCAAGUCUUUGGAAAGUUUGGGUGUUCGUCCCAGUCGGAUCCCAGUAAGAAGAAAUGGUCUGCUCACAAGUGAGAGAGAGUCACCUAUCCUUCGUGUUUGGAAAUAUACCUCAGAUACAUCACUCAAGCACUGCAGUCUUGCAGACUUGGCUGCAGUCACUUCUAGUCUGACUGUGUGCUCAGUACCGCUUCUCAGAUCCAAGGCAGAGGAACCUGUGUUUCUUUGUGAGACAACCAAAGAGACUGCUGAUCAGCAUUUUCCAACAGUCUCUCAGGAUGCUGCCUAUCUAUCUGCAUACCAGAGUGUUCUGUCCUUCUGCUCAGAGGCCUGAAGGUUCCUAGAUGACUAACUUCUUUAACUUUACCUAUAAUUGGUGCUAUUUACAUUCAAUCUUUUUAACCCCUGUUAAUGAUCAAUGGUCCAAACCCUGUUAAAUUUUUCCAAAUUUUCUAAAUCGUUCUCUCCUUUAAACAAAUUUGCACUGUGGUCCCUACCUCCUAUUUGUAUUGUGUGCAGUUUUGAUGCGAGUGUAAGCAAACACACUAAUCCUUGCAGUCAUCUUGCAAUGCAUAUCUUGCAGGGACUCCCCACUAAGGAGUUUAUUUUGCUCAUCAUUAUUCACAACUAUAGAAAAAAAACUGUGGACCUCCUUUACAAACACUAGACAGUUUUGUACCUGUGCAGGAACCCAGAGCAACCAACACAUUUGCUUUCAGUCUCUAUCUUGCAGUAGACUGUUCAAAUCAGUUGUGCUGAAUGGUUGCUUUGCUUUGCUGCACUGAUGCAAAUUUUUAAUGAGACACUGUGUGUUGCACAUCUGUAGACUUUCUAGCCUUUCUGGAAGAUUAGGUCAGUAUUUGUAAAAAAUCUUAAUCACCUCAUCAAUAAUUAUAAAGGGUAUCACCACCAAAAUAACAAUAAAAUGCAUAAUGAAAGAAAAUGAAAAUUUUAAGCAACUCGAUACACAUUGAGUAAAUCAUUUUUAAGUUUGCAAAUGUGAUUUCUACUGAAAGCAGGUAUUUUACUCUCCAUUACAUGCACUGCUGGACAAGACAUGAAUAUGUACCUUUGGAACAAAGUAACAGUAGUCAAAUAUCCUCCAUCUAAGACUCCAGUUUCCCAAAUCUUCUUCAUGUUCUGUGAUUGAUAAGCCUGGAAAAGGUAAGUUACAAAAGCAUUCAUUGUAUUUGUGGGAACUGGAAUCUUGGCUGGAGGAGCUGACUCUAGCAAAAUAGAUAUAGUUAGGAAGAGCAGUGAAGAGAAUAGAAAGGGACACAAGGUUAUUUUUUUCAAUAGCAAUUACAUUUAUACAUACAGUAACUUUAAAAAUCUAAUUUUUAAAGAGGCCUUUCAUUUUCACAAAAUGACUCAUUUCAAUUUUCUUUUUCUUAUAACAUUAAAGUUUUAAGUAUGAGCACAGUAAAAGUAGUUGUUGGCCAAACUUUGAUGCUUUUAAGAAAAAUAUCAGAUUUAUUUGAAGGUCAGCGACCCAGCAUUCAGAGCUUAUAUGAGAAAGAAAAGCAGAUUUGUUUUCUAAACCUGCAAGUUAGAAAAGUACUGAAAAAAUAGAAAGCAAUUCAACAUUAUUUGUGGCAUGUUAUUUAAAAAUAUUACGUUUUGUGAAAUUGAACAGCCCCUUUAUUUAAAGUCUAUUUCAAUAAUACAUUUUCUUUCAUCAGCCAAUUUAUUUGGAUAAUUUAUUUGUCAUUUUAACUGGAGUUUCCAACACUGAUCUGUGCUGUUGUGUUUUUAUAACUAAGACCUUCUUUGAUAAGGAAAAACCACUCCUUUUUACAUUAUUUCAGACACAGUAUUCUGUAUAUAGAGGUUUCAUGAUUAUCUUGUGGCAGUUUUUGCAAUUGUUCUUAAAGAUUUUAUUCCAGCCUUGUGUUUUCUGUAUUUUUCUGUACUUUUGAAGUGACAGUGAAAAUAAAUUUUUAAAAUGUUA